UCCCCGCGUCGUCGCCAUUUUUUAUUCUGAGCAUCAAUUCACAUCAGGUGUACGACAAUCAGAAAUUUAUUUGGAAUUUAUUUAUUGAUUGAAAUGGCGUUCGUCAGGGGAUUGAUCAGGAAUUUUGGUCGGAGUCUCCGGAUUUCACAGCCCCAGAGGACAAUUUCUGUCAGUCCUGUCUCCAGGAUUAAAGAGAUUGUUGAGAAGAAAGAGGGAAAUGUUUUGAUUAUCGAGGGGAAAAUAGUGGAGGACCCGAAGGAGAAGAAUCUUCUGGAACGUGCCAGCACUGGAGCAUGUCUGCUAUGUUCUGCUGGAGUCGAUAUAAAACAUACGGAUGUCCUGAUUCUCAGUCAAUUCCUCCGGUCGGACGGUCGUCUCAUGCCCCAGAGAGUCACAGGUUUGUGCACAAUCCAGCAGAAACGACUCAACAAACUCGUAGCGAUGUCCCAGAAGGCGGGCCUCAUGCCCAACAUUGCCCCUUCAAACAGCAAGAGAGAUCCCACCAAGAGAUUCGGAUUCAAAGCAUUCAAUGUUUAUUACGACGAGACAACUAUUGAGGAUAAAUUCCAAAGCGUUCUUUGGAGAUGAAUUAUCCAUUAUCUUGAAUAAAUAAUGUAAAUAAAUUGAUUAAAGAUUAUAAAUUUA